AUGGCUGCCACGUACGUGCUUUGCCUGCCGCUGGCCUCCACCCCGACAGACAGCGGCCACUGGAGACCAUCACGGUUCAUGUUCGUCAGCCCACAUUCACCGCACCUGAUGGGCCUCUGCCUGCUUGGGCGCAGUGGAUCCUUGAGCGUCGAUCGCUUCUUGGCUGCCUCAGUCAAGACGGCCCAGCCGUGUGCGAUCGAAGACACCCUGAUCAAGUUUAUCAGCCAGACGCUGGAGCAGCCCGGCGAGGACUACCGCGUCGAGCUUCAGCAACUGCGCAACCUGCGCGCCACGCUGCACACCGGCCACGUGGAUCAGCAGUACCUGGCCAACGCUCGUCUCUACGCGGCACAGCUACACUUUGCCAAAAGUCGCUUCUACGCUGGCAGCACCACCCCUCAGCUCGACUUUAGCUGGCUUGAUACCUUUACAAAGUCUUUUGUCAGCAGCCAUGCCCUGGCUCAUGAAUAUGGAAGCGUGCUCUUUAACAUUGCCGGCGCGGCCGGGCGCCUGGCCAGUCUAGAGUUUGCUGGUGCUGACAGCUCCGACGAUACCCUCAAAACCUGCCUCCAGAUGCAACAACUCAGCGUUGCCGCUAUCAUGGCCGUUCAGCAGCAGGAGCUUGGUGACACCCCCAGCCAUGACAUGCACGCCGCAGCCCUGGAUGUGCUCCUACACGUGUACACGGCCCAAUCCUACCAGUGCUCCCUCUACAAGGCCCUGCACUCAAACAUGAAGGCUACCACCAUCGCCCGGAUUGCCAUCCGCGUUGCCAAUGAAUUUGAUGCCGCUCACAAGGCCCUCUACUCGAUCGAGACCAAUAAAGACCACCCGUGGCACCUUUGGCAGCUUUGCGUUCAAUUAAAGUCGAUGCAUGCCCGUGGUCUAGCCCAAUUUUAUCAAGGCCAAGCCGCCAACAAGGCAAGCGAAUGGGGCGAGGAAGUUGGCCGCCUGCGUGCCGCCCGCGAUGUGCUACAAGCGGCCAUCGAGACAGCCAAGGCCGUCAAAAAUGCGGUUGAUGUGGCUGCCAUACAACACACCCUAAACCUAGUGACAGAGCGCCUGACCAAGGCCGAAACAGACAACAACACAAUCUUUCACGAAACCGUGCCCAGCGAUGCCGCAUUGUCCGAGAUUGUAGCGGCCGAUCUCUUUGCCUUCAAGCCCUUUGAACCUGAUCCCAGUGCCGUGGACAUCCUGCAUCGUCUGAUGCCCCUUGAUGUCCAUUUGGCCAUCUCGACCUUUUCGGAACAAAAGGCGACCCUGGUACGCAACGUAGCUCAACAGGUUGAACAGCAGAACGACGAGCUUCAGCAUGCCCUGGAUUCGAUGGCGUUGCGAGCCAAGGACGAUCCGCUCGAUACCAUGACGAAUCUGCCCGCAGACAUUUUUUCCAAAGGAGCCAUGCUACGUGAUAGCUCUCAACUGCCCCCGUCGGAAGCCGCUCAGCGACUUGAACAGGCCCAAGAGCACCUCGCCGGAUUCCAGGAGCGUUUCGAAGCAGCUGCCGCAAAAUUUGAGAGUGCCAGGAAGAUGGCGUCUGAUCGAUUGCGUCAGGAACACGAUGAUAUGAAAAGUAGUCUCCAGCAGGCACAGCAAGCCGUGCGUUUGGCACGCGAUAAGUUGGAAGCCAUUGAACCGCGCCUGCAGCUCCUCGCCUCGCCCCACGACGAUUUGCGAGCUGCCAUGCCCAAGGCCAGCCUGAUGGAUCUUGACGUUGGCACACUUGAUGCUGACAAAGCCAAGCGGAUCGAGGAACUUUUGGGCAAGGUCCAAAUAAUGCGCCAGCUGCGUCAGGACAAGUGGGACGAAUUUCGCCGCGAAGCUGAAAAGAUUGAUAUCGGUCAUCAAAUUCUCACCUGCCCCGACCAGGACGCACUCAUGCGCGAAGCCCUUCAACCCCUCGACGAGCUCCGCGACCAGCUGCAAUCAAACUUUGACUCGCAACGCCGUCUCCUGCCUGUCCUAGUCGAGGUGUACGCCAGCCAAGGCAAGGCACGCAAGCACAUCAAAGAAGUGCAGGACCAGCAACGUGCCUUUAUUGAAGGUCUCCUGGGCGCCUUUGAUGCCUUUCGUGCAGUGCAGGAUCGCGUCCAUAAGCUGACGGAUUUUGAAACGGCCUUUGAGAGUCGCCUGCGCGCCUUUGAACAGCAGUCGCAGCAGCUUGAGCAGGCCCAGACAGCGGCCGCGAGUCAAGGGCAGCGCCGGCCGUCCAAGCCUCCCCCCGCAACUCCGCAGGCCCAGGCUGGGCAACGUAGCUCCUGGAGCAACGCAUCUGCCCCUGCUGCUGGUAACGGCAGCGCUCACACAAGCCGCCCUGCGUCGGCUUCGGGCAGCGAUGCAUCAGCCGCCGCCCUGCGCGAAGCCAAGCGCCAGAGCAUUGCUUUGGACACUGACUUUCAAAAUGAAGUGGCCAGCAUAAUGAUUGCCUCAAACGGCGAGGAGGCUGGCGAAUCCAAUCUGGAUGUGGCAAUUCGCGCCUUGAGUGAAACGGUUGCACACCUGCAACAAGCGUAUCCAGACGGGAAAAGUGGCUUUGACAAGGAAUUUGCGUUGUUGGAGAUGGAAGAUGCUGCUCACAAUCGUGACACCAGUUGCGCGGCCGCUGAGCGCAAUGUUGACCGUAACCGCUACCGUGACAUUCUUCCAUAUGAUCGAACCCGAGUGCAUAUGCAGGUGCUCCCCGGAUAUGGUUCGACUGAUGACUACAUCAACGCGUGCCACGUGCGCUCCCUCACAUCGGGAUGCCCAGACUUUGUCUGCGCCCAGGGUCCCAAGCACUCAACCAGCGGUGACUUUUGGAAGAUGGUGGUACAGCAACGUUCCCGCGUUAUUGUGAUGGUGACCAAUCUGGAGGAGCGCGGGCGGCCCAAGUGUGACCGCUACUGGCCCGCGCGAUGCGGAGAAACGGUGUCACACCCUGAAACGGCCCUGGGCUUGGCGCUCGAUGUGACUUUAAAGGAGGAGCGGGAAACGGGUCCAUGGAUUGAACGAGACCUGAUCGUGGAGACGCUGCGGCCAGAUCACACCAAGAUGGUCCGGCAUGUGAAGCAGUUUCAUUACACCAGCUGGCCCGAUCACGGCGUGCCCGCCUCGCCAGAGACUUUUCUCGAGUUUUUGUUGGCCGUCAAACAGCACCAUGACGCGGUGCAACGGCAAUCGCAAACAGCGGGUGAGCCACAGUCCCCGCUCGUGGUCCACUGCAGUGCCGGGGUCGGGCGCACAGGAACUUUCUGCUGCGUGUAUGGUGUAGUGGCCGCCUUGCCUUACGUCGGCAAUGGCCUGCCUUUACUGGCGGCCCGGGAGUCGGGAGCACAGCGACCAACUCGUGAGAGCCAGGGUGGCAAACUGGACAUUAUGAACAUUGUUUCGCGCAUGCGGGAGGAUCGUCGCUUCAUGGUGCAAACUGUGGACCAGUACAAGUUUUGCUACCUGGCUAGCUUGGAGGCGGCUCGACGUUACAAUGAUAAGUACGGGCAGCAGUUUCGACGCCGGCAAAGGACGCUGAUUCCCGUCAUCCCCGAAGAAGGGACCAAAUCACCAUCGCCCACGAACAGCAAUCUUGCCAACCUGACGAGGCGGGCCUCGGCCUCCAUAUCCUCGGGCCUGGCACGCCUGCGCCGCAAUAAGGCACGACCAGCCUCCAGCGGCGACGGUUCCCUGGACAGUCCUGACGGAAUGGGGCGAGGUCCCACGUCGCAACCAGCUCCACCCGUGGCCAUGGCUUCUGGGGUUGGUGACUCAAUGUCAUCAUCAGCCAGCGUUCUACCCCUCGGGGAUCUGCUAGCGCAAAUUGAGGCAAUGCCACCGAUGGGUGCCAGCGAGGCCGGGUUGGGACCGUCACGUGCUCAAAGUGCACCAGCACGAGACGGUCCACCCCCGGCUAUGACAGCAUCACAUGACCCAUCAAGCUGGAAUGCCCAAGAGUCUGCAGCAACUCAACCCACGGAAAGCGACUUGGACCUGGUCCUCGUCCAACCAGUGCAGCAUCCAGUGCUGGGAGCUUUGAUGAUCGUCGGCCAUCGGCAUCCAAUGAUGGGUGGAGGCACCACCAGCAGCAGCAGCAGCAACAGCCACCGCAGCAGCAACAGCAACAGCAAAUGCAAGCGCAAAUGCAAGCGCAAACGCACGUGGCCUCACCACAGCAAUUUGUGCAUGCCGCACCCGCCCCAGACUCAAAGGCAAUGGGACUGUAUCAACCUUCGCCAUCGAGGCCCAUGCCCCACCAACACCAACCGCAGCAACAAUACCAGCCUUACCAACACCAACCGCAGCAACAAUACCAGCCACAACAGCAGCAACCGCAGCCAUACUCACACCAGUAUCAAGCACAACAGCAACCACCACAACAGCAACCGCAACAGUACCAGCCCCAACAGCAGCAACAGCAGCAACAGUACCAACCACAACCACAACCACAACCAAGCCAAUCUCAGCCGCAGCAGCAGUACCAGUACCAGCCUCAACAACCGCAGCAACACCAGUACCAGCCUCAACAACAACAGCAACAACAACAGUAUCAGCAACAACAGUAUCCGCCUCAAGACCAGCUUCAGUACCAACAGCCUUCACAGCCUUUACAGCCAAACCCACAAUCAAGUCAGCCUCAAUUUGAGCGGCAGGAGCAAGGCCAAGCACGAACCCCUGCCGGCGCAUUGGACCUAUCUGCCUUUGGAGCUGUCCCUCGACCUUCACGCUCAGCGGUAG